AUGCCUCGGUCAGGAGCGCUCCAGGGCUCCGCGGCUCGUCCGAGCAGCAUGGCCCGGAUCGGGCACCUCCGCGUCGUUUUAUCGGGAUUUUAUCUGUGGGAAGCCGCGGUACUGCUCAGCUUGGUAGCCACAAAGGAAACAGACAGUGCAAGAUCUCGGAGCAUGCCAAUGUCACCAUCCGAUUUUCUGGAUAAGCUAAUGGGUAGGAUGUCAGGCUAUGAUGCAAGGAUACGACCAAAUUUCAAAGGCCCUCCAGUCAAUGUCACAUGCAACAUUUUUAUAAACAGCUUUGGAUCCAUUGCAGAGACUACCAUGGAUUACCGAGUGAACAUCUUUCUCCGUCAGAACUGGAAUGAUCCACGGCUUGCAUACAGUGAAUAUCCAGAUGACUCUUUAGACUUAGAUCCAUCCAUGCUGGAUUCAAUUUGGAAACCUGAUUUGUUCUUUGCUAAUGAAAAAGGUGCCAACUUUCAUGAGGUUACAACAGAUAAUAAAUUGUUGCGAAUUUUCAAAAAUGGAAAUGUACUUUAUUCUAUCAGAUUGACUUUAAUACUGUCCUGUCCGAUGGAUCUCAAAAAUUUUCCAAUGGAUGUGCAAACAUGUAUAAUGCAACUGGAAAGCUUUGGAUACACAAUGAAUGAUCUCAUUUUUGAAUGGCAAGAAAAGGGAGCAGUUCAAGUAGCAGAAGGUCUCACUCUGCCACAGUUUCUGUUGAAAGAAGAAAAGGAUUUAUGUUACUGCACCAAGCAUUACAAUACAGGAAAGUUCACAUGUAUUGAAGUCCGAUUUCACCUUGAGAGGCAGAUGGGGUACUACCUCAUCCAGAUGUACAUCCCGAGUCUCUUGAUCGUCAUCCUCUCCUGGGUGUCAUUUUGGAUCAACAUGGAUGCAGCUCCAGCCAGAGUGGCUUUAGGUAUAACAACGGUACUGACCAUGACAACACAAAGCUCAGGGUCACGAGCAUCUCUUCCAAAGGUGUCGUAUGUCAAAGCAAUUGACAUCUGGAUGGCUGUGUGUCUGCUCUUCGUAUUUUCUGCACUUUUGGAAUACGCAGCUGUAAACUUUGUGUCAAGGCAGCAUAAGGAACUUCUGCGAUUCCGCCGCAAGAGGAAGAAGAACAAGUAUUUUGAGGGAGUUCUUGAUGGAAAUGAAAUCAGUGAAUCAUUGCAGCGUAGCAAUGGCUUGAGAUGUACAGGACCUAUAGACGGGAGUUUGCUUCAAAUCUACAGUACAAAUUUAAGGGAUGAUGAUGCAAGGGAAAGUCAGUUUAGUUUCACAGCAUAUGGAAUGGGCCCAUGUCUGCAAGCAAAAGAUGGAGUGCCACAAAAGGGGCAAAAUAAUCUUGUUCAAGCUUCACCCAAAAGCCCUGAUGAGAUGAGAAAGGUAUUCAUUGACCGGGCCAAGAAGAUAGACACAAUAUCAAGAGCUUGUUUCCCACUAGCCUUCCUGAUUUUCAAUAUUUUUUAUUGGGUAAUUUACAAAAUCAUCAGGCAUGAGGACAUUCACCAAUAA